AUGAUUGAGACCCAACUUGCCCAACUUGCUAACACCAUAAAAGAAAAUCAUGUGCACACGAGUCUCCCACCUCAAGGUCAAGAUCCACCAAAGCAAAUGUAUUCCAUAGUUACUAGGAGUGGGAAGAUUUUAGGUGAUGGUGUUAAGUCGAGUGAUGUCUCAAAAUCUAUGGGGACAGAACCACCAAGGGUUUUUGAGUCUAAUGGCAAUGAUAUGAUAGAAGAAGAGUCUUCCGUUGAUGAUGUGAAUGAUGUUUUGAAGCCAACGAAGGCUACUCUUCUACCUCUACCCACUCCUAAACUCCCCUUUCCUCACAGAUUUACAAGACACAAGUUGGACCUUCAAUUUUCAAAAUUCCUUCAUGUGCUUAGCAAGAUGUAUGUCUCAUUGUCCUUAUCCCAGGCACUUAAUCAAAUGCCCAAUUAUUCUAGAUUUUUGAGAGAGAUUUUGAGUGGCAAGAGGGAUUGUGGGCCCAAGGAGACCGUGCAACUCACGAAGAAUUAUAGCGCCCUAAUCCAAAGCCCAUUUCCUCCAAAACUCAAAGAUCCUGGGAGUUUUUCAAUCCCUUGGAGUAUUCAAAUGCUCAAAUUUGACAAUGCUUUUUGUGAUUUGGGGGCAAGUGUGAGCAUCAUACCAUACAAGAUCUAUGACACGCUUAAUCUAGGUGAUCUCUCCCCUACUUCUAUGUCAUUGCAACUAGCCGAUCGUUCGGUUAUGUAUCCUUUGGGUAGGGUUGAGGAUGUUCCCCUCGUUAUCGGCUACCUUUCUUGUCGAUUUCGUAGUCUUGGACAUUGA